AUGCGUGAUGGCGUCUGGGAGAGGAUACGAGGGAAGAGACCGAACGAGACGUCGUCGGUUCGGGCUUCGACGACGACGCAAAUCGAUUCCACUGCCACCGACGAUCAGGGGAAAAAAUCCUACCAGGAAACCCUGACCGAUGAAGCCGAACAAAAGAACAGGAUCGAUUGGCAUUUGAAGUGGAUGUGCGGAUGGAUGUGCGGAUUGACGAUGCUGGCCUUCCUCCUCGGCUCCGUCGGGUUCUCCCCCGUCUGGCUGGUCGUGCUCUGCCUCGCCGUCGGCGGCGUGUGGAGGGAGAAGGUGCAGCGGGCGCUGGGGGAGUCGCUGCUCUUGGAGGCGACGCGGGCGAGGCGGAGGAAGGCGACCGCGGGGGGAGAGUCGGCGGAGUGGGUCAACUUCCUGCUCAGUCGAUGGAGUCAGUUUGCCGCGUCGGGGAUCAAGGACUGGAUGAAAGAGAGCUUGGAUCCGACGUUGAGGGAAGCCAGGCCGGGGUUCGUCGAGAGCAUCGAGGUGAAGCAAUUCACGAUAGGAGAGGAGACGCCUGCCUUUCGGAACGUCCGCGCCUAUGACCUCAGCCUGCUCGAACCUCGCAGUUACGACGUGGCCUUGGAGGGGGAUGUUUCCAUGGCCUGCGAGCAGUUCUGUCUCGUUCUCAAGACCAGGAUCGGGGGGAAAGGGCUGAUGGGCGUGGACCUGGACAUCGCCGUGGAGCGGUUGCACAUUCGGGGGAGGCUCUGGAUGUCUCUCACCUUGGGGAAGGAUGUGCCCUGGCCUCACUUCCAGCAGUUGGCCUUCUGCUUCACGGAGAAGCCGCAAGUGUGGUUCGACAUCCGGCUGAUCAAGGGGGUGCAGGUGAUGGAGCUGCCGAUAUUGAGGUCGUGGCUUCACAACAUGGUGAGCGAUUGGUUGACGGCGUGGCUGGUGGACCCGAGUCGGUGGGACGUCGACCUGAGCACCGAGCCGGAUCCGGUGGUCCCCGAGCUCGAUCUCAGCCUCGACUCCCGAUUUUACGAGAAGGCGGCUGGGGUCGGCCUGGACAAGCACCAGCUUUCGAAGGGGGUGCUCACCAUCACGGUCUCCGGGGUGAAUAAGCCGGGCGAGGAUGACCGGUGGCUGGUCGUAUCCCUCGGGAGCCAGAAGCACGUGGUGCAUCCGUACUCGUCUCGAUGGCAAGAGACCCACUCCUUCCUCGUGCACGAUCUCGGCGUCGAGAUCCUUCACGUCAGGAUCAAAUGCAAGAAGUUCAUCAGCUACAUCACCCUGGCGCAGUUCGAGCUCCCGCUCUCAUCCUACGGCUUGGACAACAGUCGAACAGUGGAGACAUGCCUGAAGAAGGGGACCAAAGGGGCCACGGCGGCGGGGAUUGCGGGGACGGUGAACCUCAAGUUGGAGUUCGACGUGCUGCCGAGCAUUCGACUCGACAUUGGACCCUCGGUCGGAUUCGACACCGUGGAUUCGCCGGAUGGUGGAUCUGCCGAGAGGACGAAGGCUGGUGUGCUGUUCGUGUGCGUGCAUGGAGCCGAGCUGGAUGCGAGCGGGUGUGGGCCGCGGAUCAAUCCGUACUGUGCGGUGUUCCUCAACAAGAAAAAGGUACCGAUUGCGAUGGAAUCGCAAUCCAUGCAGUUGAAAGCGUCCACGAGCAUUCGAGAUACCCGCAGGCCCUGUUGGGAGAUGUCGUUGGAAAUUCUGAUAUCUGACGUGGACGGAGCGAUGCUCUCCUUCGUCGUCUGCUCGCGGGAAUCCGCCAGGACGAAAGUGGAGUUCCUGGGAGUGGCGAACAUGGUCCUCAGCAAGGUGAACGCGUCACUGCAAGGUGGAGCCGUGGUGGAGCCAUUUGGAUGCGAGAUAACAAUGUGCUUCUUUUGGCAGGAAGAACCAAAUCUCGUUCAUCAGAAGCUGCCGAUCGUUGUGAACAAUCAAGAAAACGGAGAGGUACAGGUGUCGGUCGUGUUCCGAAGCGUGCCGUCGGUGGAGAACUCCGUGGGGCAUCGCAUGGGCAAUUUUGACUCGCUCCCAGACUCUCUCACCGAUAUCGAGGACUCUCCCAAUGUGAUACAGAGGCUUUUACCGGGGAGGGCCGAGUCCGUCCGUCGUGAUACUCUGGCAGACAUUUUCAAUGCAGAUGGUCUCAUGGAGCUGACGAUAUCUAGUGCCAAGGCUCUAGUGGCCAAGGACUUCAAUGGAUUUAGUGAUCCCUACUGUGAAGUGAAACUUGAUUCAGAGCUGAAACUCAAAACCAGCAUUAAAAAAAGGACGCUCGAUCCAGUGUGGGAUGAGAGUGUGACUAUUAGUUUACCAAAUGCCAAUCAGACCAUCACAGUGACGGUUUGGGAUUAUGAUACGUUUUCCAUGAGAGAUUUUCUGGGUAGCAUAUCUCUCAACUUGGAAGACAUUAGGCAGAUCUCUGAAAGCAGGGAAGGGAAAUGGUUUCCCCUGAAGGACACCAAAUCGGGAGAAAUAUUAAUCAAAGUCAAGAUAAUUGCAGAAGACCUUCAGAUGACAGGAAUGCUGGAAAGGCUGCCAUCUCUGCCUCAAAAGGAUCCCAGUUGGGUCAAAGCCCAGCUUCUUAGUCUCACCGAACAGUCGGCUCUGGAAACCGAGGAGCCCAAAGACGGACAUGACGAAGCAGAAGGAAUGUCAAUAGCAGAAGCAAAGUCACUGGAAGAACCAAAUAAGGAUUCAGUGUCAAAUGAAAGGCUAAAUGGUUCAAAAAGUUCACUGACAACUACCAUUUUGAAUGGAGAACCAACAGCAUCAGCUGAGAUGAAGUCACAAGUUCCUUGUCGACCCAAGAAUCACACUGACUUCACUGUUCACCCAUUCAAUGAGACUCUGAGUGAGAACUUCAAUGAAGUGUUGAUCAAUGGAAGUUCAGAAGAACAACUGGAACUUCCUAUGCCUGCCUGGACCUGUGUAAGAGGCCAGGUGACAGCGAUUCGAGGCCUGGACAGGUUCUCCAGCAACAAGCAUGUCACUCUUCACAUCUCUCUGAAUAGGUUCAAUUUCCAGCAAACAUCAACUGCACAUAGGCUCCGAAGAUCUUUCAUGUCCAAAGAUGGGCACUCAUGGAAGAAUAGGAAUUCUAGGAAGUAUCCAUUAGCUAAGAAGAAGUCCCUUGCAACAAUUUCUUGCAUUCCCACAAAUGUGGAAUUCCUGCUGGAAUCACCAAGAGGCCUAUUUCAAGAUUCUCAAGUUCUCUUUGAGAUUUUCGCUUCAAAUAAAAUCCUUUUGCUGUCUGAAAAUGUGCCUGUCAGCAAAAUUGUUCCAGAAGGAUGGGCAGGACAGGAGGAAAUGCACUGCUUAGCAAAGAGCAUGAAGCCAUUCAUGGGACGACGGGGUCGAUCAGGAUCGUAUGCCAUGGAAAUAGGCAGUGCUCCUGCUGAACGAGAAGAGGGGGAGGAAACAAAUGAUGGAGAAGAUGGGGGGCUUGGGAUGGGGAAUGAACCACGGAUGGGAGGAGGUGAGAGGAAGGGGUUUCCCCUCCCAAAUGCAAGGUUGAUUGGGGACAUGGUGGAGACAGACGAGAGUCCUGAGAUAGAUUCAAGGGCAGCAGUGGAGGUGGGGAUACUAGAGAGCUUGGAAUUGGAGAUGUUGAAUCACUUAGAGUUUCUGCACUCCCUGAUGCUGAUAACUGAGAUGAAGAGGAGGAGGUCUGGGAAGAUGAAAGUCCCAGAAUGGACUGACAUUGUGAAGACAGCAAAAUUCAAGGAACUUGCUCCCUAUGAUGAGGAUUGGUUUUACAUCCGUUGUGCCUCUAUUGCAAGACAUGUUUACAUUCGAGCACCUGUUGGAGUUGGUGCUGUUGCAAGAAUCUAUGGAGGGAGGAAGCGCAAUGGCUGUUCACCAUCCCAUUACUGCACAAGCUCAGGUUCAGUUGCUCGCAAGGCCUUGCAGGCUCUUGAACACAUGAAGAUUGUUGAGAAGGAUCCAAAUGGUGGGCGCAGACUCUCCCAGCAGGGACAGCGGGAUCUUGAUCGCAUUGCCACACAGAUCAGGUCUCAUACACAUGAGGGAAAGCUGCACAAUUUAAAACAAUUGGACUGCAAGGAAGAUGACAUGGCUGUGAGAUUCCAGCCACCUCGAAGGCUAUCUCCAAUUGCCCCUUUGAAGCCAGUUCUUCCUCCCACACUCAGGAGUCUCAGCCGAUCUCAGAGUGCCUCUAUUGACAAGUUUGGUUCUUCAAUUCCCAGUGAAGUGGCACCUGCGUCAGGUAUUCUACGCAGUGCAGGUGAUGUGCUAGGGAGAUUUGCUGGGCUGCAUGAUGCUGAAGACCUGUCAGAUGAAGAAAAGGAAGAAAGUGAAGAUGAUGAAAGAUCUGAAAAUAGAUUGAAUGUUCUGAUCACUCCCAAGUCUGUUACAUCUGAGGCCUCAGAUCUGAGACCUUACAGCAUUUCCCAGAAAUCUCCAAUGCCUCCAUCUUCAGCUAAUAGGCUACGCAUCGCUACAUCUUCGCACACAAUCUCUUUGCUUGAACGCACUCCGACUCGGUUAGUCACCAGUCCUACCCUUCUCCUAUCCUAUCGUAAUGAUCGAAUCAAGGAGGAGAGACCUAUUUUACCAGGGAGGCGACUUACUCCACUGAAAUCUUCUCGAGACUUACAAGCAGGUGAAAGCAUUGCUGUUGCAGACAAGAGAGAUAGCGAAAAGGUUGACUCCUCUACUUUGCAAAGAAACAGACUCACUGCUGGUUCCCAUGCCCUAGUUACUUCAAAGGGGAGCAUAAGCACUCCACAACAACCUCAGAUGGCAUCCAUCGAAGAAGAGAAGGAAGGCAUUCAAAAGCAAGAAACAAACAAUUUUGCCAGUAAGCAAGAUAAGUCAAAGGAAGAAGCAAUCAGACAGCAAGGUAGAAGUGAAAUAUCUGAUUAUGACAAGCAAAAGCAGAAGAGAAUGAAAUUUGAAGAUGAACUUGAUGAGAGAGAGAGGUUCCAGUCCAACGAGAAGAGAGACAUCAUUCCUAUUCAGAAGAAAAAAGAACCUACCAUCUAUAAAAAUAGUCAGGAAGAUGGCAAGACUUCAAGAAUUUCUGGAGCAGUAACCUAUAAUGAAGAGCAAGUGGAACUUGAGGGAAAGCGUAUGCACGCACUUUGGAGUCAACGAUUUGAGGGGCUGGAAGAGGAGAUGAAAGAAGAAUUGAAGAUGCAGAAACAGGCUUAUCAUAAGAUGACACAUGAGUUUCAGAUGCAGCUUAACAAAGAAAUUUCAGCCUGGAGAGAGAACUGUGAGAGGGAGAGGCAGACCAAGUUGACAGAGAUGCAGACUGAGAUGAGGAAGAGGCAAGAAAUGAUGGAAAAAGAACUUCGUAAGCAGCAUGAAGUGCAUCUCUUGGAUGUGAGGAACAAGUUUCUCCAGCAAUUCCAGGAUGAAAUCCAACAAUUAGAACAAGGGCUUGAAAGACAGCUACAGGAAGAACUAAGCAAGAAAAUCCAAAGUUAUGACGAACAGAAUCAACAAGCAUUGCGUGAUAUUUCUUCUCAUUUGGAAGACAAAUUUUUGCACAGAUUGCAUGAAAUGCAGAAGAUAUCUUCUCACCAGGAAACAACACAGGUGGAAGUGUCAAGUUUAAAGGAAACUGCAGUUCCCCAUGAUACAAAACAACCUACUGCACUAGCUGUGGACAACAAAACAUGUGACCCCCAUGUGUCAGAGAUGGAACGUUUGAACAAUUUAGAGAAGGAGCUACAGCACCUGAGAGAGCAGAUGCAAGGUAUAUCUGUGACAGAUCUAAGAGAUCUUAGCAAGCAGCUGGCAAGGGCUGAACAGAAAUCUGACCGUUACCAGCAAAAAUAUGAUGACAUAAAGAGUAAACUUUUAGGCUUGAAAGAAUCAGUUCUGACUGCUCAGGUCAAGAGGAAGACACAGAAGCAGAGUGAAGAAUUUGCUGCUUCCCCCCUCCCUUCGACACUGGAUGAUUCCUCUGUUGAUGCUGGGAGACUAUAUGAAACAUCUGAAGAUGGGAGCUUAUUUGACUUUGGGGUAUCCCCUGUUUCUGUUAAAAAAGUUGAUAACCAAGGAGAAAGAAAGUCAGGGGGGACCAAAGGGAACCCAGUCAAGGAGGUGCAAGAGGCAUCUGGUUGUAUUAAGAGAUCCUUUUGGGAGGAGAUGCUUCAAGAUGGUACCCUUCAUCGUGCUGAAGCUUUCCUCCAGAAACAGAUGAGAUUGGGUUUAACUACUGAUGGUGUUUUAGCAUCAACUAAGAAGCAGGCAAAUCUGUUGCGUUCACUCGUUGAGACACACGGAAAUUAUGGUAAAGGAGACCAGGCCUGGCACAGAGAUCUGAAAAACAGGAAGGAGCAUGAAUCUUCUUUUUCUGAUGCUGCCAGUGGUAGUUCAGGAGUGUCAAGUUUUGAGGACCCCAUACCAACAAGAGAAAGGGCUGCAGGAUUGAGUGCAUUGAGGUCUCUUGAAGUCUACAGUAUAAUAUCUCAACUGGACCACAUCAUUCACAAACAAAGAGCAUCAGACAGAUCCCUCAGUCAUAACUCCAAGGAUCAUGGAUUCUGUCCUUUUGAAGGAUUUGAGGGAGAACAUAGAAACUUCUUGAAGGAUGAUUCAAUGCCUCAUAAGAUUUUGCCUCCAUCAAAAGAUAUUGUCACUGCACUCACAGGACAGGCCUGGACACAAGACAGGUUUCGAGGCUCAGCCUACAGAUUACAGCGCAGUGGAAGUCACCCUGCUCUCCAUCUCCUCACCAAGGAAUCUUCCAGUGCAUCUGAUUCAAGUGUUGGCUUUAAGCGAAUGCCUUCACAAGCACCUUUGGUCUCCUCUUCAUGGCUCCAGGAUAAGAGCAUUCGUGAGCGCAUAGCUCAGCACAAGAAGUGGCUCCAGGGUCAUGCUACUAAGUUGACCUAGCAUGGACUUCACUGAAAAUUGCAAUCUCUUCUAGUCUUUUUCCUUUCAUGUACAAAAAUUUUGAUGUGAUAAUGGGUAAGAUUAUGCCUUUUGCAUUAUGCAUACCUAUCCGUCCU